CGCGUCGAGCUGCCCGGAGUCAGGCAGGCUUGCGCCUCCAGGGUGGUUGGUGAUGGCUCUGCAGCCGGCGGUGCCCGAGGUGCGGGUGCGCCUGGUCUUCUUGGGCGCGGCGGGCGUGGGCAAGACGGCGCUGAUCCGCCAGUUCCUGCACGACUCCUUCGAGGCCCGCCACCGACGCACGGUGGAAGAGCUGCACGUGCUGGAGCUGGAGCUGGAGCCGCCUCCGGGCCCGGCGCUGCGCCUCCGCCUGGAGCUGCUGGACACCAGCGGCAGCUACAGCUUCCCGGCCAUGCGCCGCCUCGGCAUCCGCCACGGCGCCGCCUUCGCCCUCGUCUACUCACCCCACGAGCCGGGCUCGUUCGAGGCCGUGCAGCGGCUGCGCGACGAGAUCCUGGAGGCCAAGCCGGGCGCCCCGGCCCCGCUCGUGGUGGUCGCCAACAAGAUGGACCUGGGCCCCAGCCCCGCCGGCACCGCCCGCCUGGCCGCCAUGGUGCAGCGCGAGUGGGGCGCCCGCCACGUCGAGGUGUCGGCUAAGCAGGGCUGCAACGUGGUGGGGCUCUUCCAGGAGCUGCUGCGGCAGGUCGACGUGCUCAGCAGCGGGCGCCUUAGCCCUGCCCUCCGGCGUCGCUCCAUCCCGGACCCCCUAGCCAAAGAGCCGCCGCCGCCCCCCUCACGGCGGCGCCCGGUGAAGAGCCCGAGCUGCGCCAUCUGCUAGGCAGGUGCCGGGCGCAGCAACUCGGCGGGCGCGGAAGAAGCCCACCAGGCGCCGCCCCCGGGCUCCCCUUUCCCCGCCGGCAGCAGCUGAGGGGACGGCGCUCGGACGCACCUGGAGAAGGGACCUGAGAGGAAGAAAGAAGCCGCCUUCCCUCGACAGAGCCCAUGGGCUGAACCAAGGGGCGCGGGGUGGGACCUCAAAGAAGCCCCGCGUUUUCCCACCUGGGCUUCAGAAGUGGGUCCCCCUGUUUUGCAAGUGACGCUCCCGCUGAGAGCGCAGGCUGCGCGUUUUUCCCCACCUGGCGCCUCCGUUUUGACUCUUGGCUGCGUGUUACUCAUCAAGUUUCCUGGCCCUUUCCAGGACGUAGACCCUUCCCGAAUGAGCCCCAAGAGCGAGCCUGCCGUUCUGCGGUGAGGGGGAGGGGUGGGCGCUCUCCCAGUUGUCUGCCCCAAUGCUGACCCCAGCUGGAGACGUGCCCGGGGCUCCACAGACCUGUGCACCCAAGAGAGAAAAAGGCUGGAUUGCAGCAGGAAACUGGGACCCCCAGAAAUUCUCCUGCAGCUGGCUGCUUCCAGUACAUUGCCUGCCAGCCUUGACUUGGAAUGCGGGGUGCAACUGGGGUGCUCUUCAGGCUGCUCUAUGCCAGCAGCAUUGUUGGCUAAGGGGCAAAUUCCCAGGCCCAGAGCAAAUAGGGUCAGAGGAAGUCUUGGCCAGCUGGAUUUUUAAAGGGCUGUUUUAAACCUGAGUUACUUGCUGUGUUUUGAAUACAGUGUCAUCCUGUUUUGUAUAAUAAACUUCAGUUCUGUUUCAUA